AUGGAAGCAAUUGCUAGAGCCACAACAGUGCCAUGGUUUCAUGCAGAGAUGACAAAGAUGUUGCAGUUGUCUAAACCUGCACAUGAUUGGCUCAUAGAGAAAGAUCCUAGGCAUUGGAGUAGGGCAUAUUUCAAGAGUGAUUCCAAGUGUGACAUGCUUAUGAACAAUCUAUGUGAGGCAUUCAACCGUAGCAUAAUGGAUGCCCGAGACAAGCCUAUUCUGACUAUGCUAGAAAGAAUUCGGUUGUAUAUAAUGUUGUUGAUGGCGAGAAGAAGGGUUCUUUGUGAGAAAUGGCAUGGACAAGUUGGGCCAAGAAUUAGAAAGAUAUUAGAGAAAAACAAAGGAAAAGAUCAGUGGUGCAUUCCUAAGGCUGCUGGACAGAAUCAGUUUGAAGUAAUGCACCAUAGUGGCCGCACCUUUGCUGUUGAUUUGAAUGCCCACUCUUGUUCAUGCCAUGUUUGGGAUUUGAAUGGAAUACCAUGUUUGCAUGCAUGUGCUGCAAUAAGUUGGUUUCAUGGGAAUCCAGAGGACUUUUGUGAUGCAGUGUACAAGAAAGAGGCUUAUUUGAGAGCCUAUGAACCAAUGAUUAUGCCUAUGACUAGCCAAGAUCAGUGGAUGAAGGUUAAUUUACCUUCAUUACUCCCUCCGAAAUACCACAAGCAGCCUGGUAGGCCUAAGAAGACAAGAAAACAAGCUGUUGAAGAACCUAAACAACCUGCUAAUCCAUAUAAGCUUCCUAGGUAUGGCAUCCCUUUAAAGUGUGACAAUUGCGGUGGAGAAGGGCAUAAUUGA